UGGGGGCGGGAAAAAGUGGGGUGGCCGGGGUGUGGAAAGUGUGGCGGCCCCGCCCUGUCUCUUGGAGCUGCUGCGGCCGCCACCGCCGCCGCCGCAGCAGCUGCUGGGGACCGGCGCGGCUAAGCAGGCGAAAGACGCUGUGAGCCAACUAAAAGUUCCCACGGAAAAAUUAACCAUCUCCCCAGCCCACCAUGGCGGACGAAAUUGAUUUCACUACUGGUGAUGCCGGUGCUUCCAGCACUUACCCUAUGCAGUGCUCGGCCCUGCGCAAAAACGGCUUCGUGGUGCUCAAAGGACGACCCUGCAAAAUAGUGGAGAUGUCAACUUCCAAAACUGGAAAGCACGGUCAUGCCAAAGUACACCUUGUUGGAAUUGAUAUUUUCACAGGGAAAAAAUACGAAGAUAUUUGCCCUUCUACUCACAACAUGGAUGUUCCAAAUAUUAAAAGAAAUGAUUAUCAACUGAUAUGCAUUCAGGAUGGUUACCUUUCCCUGCUAACAGAAACUGGUGAAGUCCGUGAGGAUCUUAAACUGCCAGAAGGUGAACUAGGCAAAGAAAUAGAAGGAAAAUACAAUGCAGGUGAAGAUGUACAGGUUUCUGUCAUGUGUGCCAUGAGCGAAGAGUAUGCUGUAGCCAUAAAGCCCUGCAAAUAAAUGAGAAUGUGAGACAACCAAACUGCUUAGGUCUGGAUCAACUGCAGAUACAAAGUUUGGUUCUAAUUGUCACCAAAGCUAUCACCUCCAUAAGCAACCUCAUUCUUCAUCUCUCUCCUCUUCUCUCUCUCUCUCUCUCUCUCUCUCUCUCUCUCUCUCUCUCUCUCUCUCUCUCCCCUUUUUAAAUUGUGCUGGGUUAGUUUUGCAGGCAGUUGGUAACUUUUUUAAAAACCAAUUUGUACAAUUCUUUUUUUUUUCAAUUUUCCUAUAACAUUCUUUCCUAUAACAUUCCUGUGGUUUUCAGUAUGUACGUCCAAGAGACAGACAAGGCCGCCUCAGUAGAUGUGAUUUGUCUGAGCAAAUCAUUCCUGAAUUUUAAUCACAUGAUUAACAAACCAGUGUUUUAAAUCAGACAGUGUAGCAUCUAGUGGUAUUGAAGUACCACAUAUAAGUUGAAUUACUCUGCAUUAAUUUUAGAUUUAAUGUCAUAAAAUAUGUAGAUUAUUGAUUGGAAUUGUCAGUUUCAGCCUGUGUAUAGCAAACAUAUCUUUAAACAAAAGUCAUGUUAUCAGAGUGUCAUUUACUUUGGUGGCUAUGUGCCACCACAUAUACUCAGUAAUACUGUUCUUUGCCAAAUGUCCAGCUUAGUAUAACUUUGCAUGGUGGUUUUAGUAACCACUUGGGGGUUGACAGAGGGACACUGAACUGUUUGGUGAACAUGAGCAAGUCAGAUUGUAAAGAAUACAUGAAGAGGCCCGGGGAUUUAGCUCAGUGGUUCUGGCACCUGCCUUGCAAGUGCAGGGUCCCAGUUUCGAUCCCCAGUACCAAAAGGAAAAAAAAGAAUACAUGAAGAACUGUGGCAAAGAAAGUUACUGGAACUCUGUUUUUUAUUUGACAUCUUUAUAAUCAGCAUAAAAAAUAAUGGAUUUUUAGUUGUAUUUUGGCUUUUAAUUUUUGUUUCCCAGCCUCCAUCUCCCAAUACUGAAAGGAUUACCUGCCUAACAAAAUACUAUGCAGUAUUUUUUUCCAAUCAUGUUAAUGCAUGUUGGUAUUUAUCAGUAAUAGCACCUUUCCAACCAUGUUAAGUAGAAUUUUUUACAUUAAAUAUUUGUUAGACUAAAACUGGGAAUUCUUAAGUUGAUUUGGAAUUCUUGACUUUAGUUAAAUUUGUGCACAUUUUUGUCUAAAGUGAAAUGAAUGUGAAUCAUGGGAGAAAUACUACUUAACUUGAAAAUUAAGUAUAUGUAAUUCUUCUGAUUGUCUUGUUACUUAAUUCAGUUACUGAUGUGAACUAUAACAACAAAGGAAUUCUAUAAACUGAAUUAUUUAAAAAGUGUUUUAGGUGACACCAUUGCCUUUCUAUUUAGUCUUUUAGAUUGUAUGUAUAUUAUUUUCAGAAUUUUAGACAUUGUUAUAAGAUUUGCAAAGACCCUUGACUCAAUAGCAUUCAUUAUUUGGAGUGAAACCUGGAACAAAAUCACUAUAUCUUAUUAUGCCUUGAUUCUAUAAAACUGGUUAUGAGAUCUCUCCUACAGUGCUUUCGCCACAGAAACAUCUGUUCUUAUCAUCUAGAGGAAAUGUAUCUGAUACUUAUCUAAUCAAUGACUAGAAGUAGCACUUGGGCUACAAUAUUCCAAGUUUUAGUUGCUUAAUUUGUACACAUUUUUAAGUCUUAGCCUCACCAAACACAUGUAGAGAAGAUGCAAGUUAUUUUAAAAAAAGUUUGAGGAAGAGAAUUCUAAAGCACAAGAAAUACUGAGAUUGUAGUUAGUUGAUUUUAGUGUAACAUUUUAGCUUUUGCCUAUCCAAAGCACAAUUAAGAAUUGGGCUUAAUUUUUCCAGCAUUCUAUUUAAGUAUCUACUACACACUGUUCUAGUUUUUUAGUACUCUAAUCUCUGGUGUUUAUCUUACUUGCUACUGGUUGAUAGUUACCCAGAGGAAGUCUAUAAAGUUAUUGAUCUAUGCUGCUUGCUAGUCAUUCAUCUGGCCCCAGUUAUAACCAUAUGAGUGUUCUGAUUUAGUAUUAAUUCUGGAUUAGCAUGCCCUUGUUCUUCCCAACUUGUCAAACUUUGCAUAAAUAUAUUUUCAGUUGUGAUAGAAGGGUGUACAGAUUAUAACAAUGAAUCUCUUAUCUCCAUACCUUGAAUGGAAAAAGCUAUUUAUGCAUAAACAUUUCAUUUUAAAUACUAUAUGAAGUGUAAAUAUUCUAACAUGUAUAGAUUUCAAAGAUAGGGGAUUGUUUAUUUUCAUUUAAGUCAAUAGAUGUUUCUCUAGAACAAGAUAUUUCAUUUAGUAAAGCUUUAUAAAUUGUAUUACAAGGAAGCAGGGAACAUGUAUUUUUUAACAUAGAAGUGACAUUGUUCUUUUUGACAUCAGAGAAAUGUUAAAAGUUGAUUUCUAGCACUGUUGUAUUUUUUUGUAGCAAACAUUAAAUAUCACAAAUUAUACAUAAAAUAUAAAUUGUCAUGGUGAUAGGUUAUACCGUAAUACACCAUUCUUGUCUGUACACAUUUUGCCAAUUUUUAGACAGUAUUAGCAGGUUGAAUGUUUGUUUCUAGAAUAUGUUUUAUUUCUACUGUGAAGACUGUUACGCUUUAUCUGCUAAAAAGUUGUACUUUGACUUAGUAUUUACAUCAUGGACCUAAUUAUGAUGUUUCUUCCAUCCUCCCCUCCAAGGGCUGUCAGUUACUUGAACAAAUUAUUGUUAACUGAGCUCUUGACUCUGCUUUCCUUAGUGGUACAAAUUUCUGUGCCAAUGCUUUAUAUAAAUUACCAGAAUUUCUGCAGCCAGACCAUGAUAUCUUUUAACAGGAAAUGCUGCAAUAAAAUGUUUAGGCUGUAAAGUUUGGGAACACAAUUUUUCAUUACAGCACAAUGUGAGUGUGUGUAUGUACACACAUAGCUUUGUAUAUUUAUUCUUUUUCCAAAGUCCUUCCAACUACUAAAAGUACUGUAGUCUGGUAGUGCCUCAAAUGUUGGUAAAUUUUUUUUUAUUUACAACCUUUCCAGAAUUUGGUUUUGUAGCUUAAGGUUUCUCGAUUAGAUUAUUUCUAGUUGAGCUAUAAUUUGAAUGCAUUAUUCUCAGGGCUGUUCAUGCUAAGAGUUGAAGUUUCAUUUUAAAGCUAACUGUCUGAAAGUAUAUUGCAAACUUCCCAAAUGAUAAUACUCUAAUGCAUAUAUAUAAAAUUCUUAAUGUCAACAUAUUUAAACUUCUUAGUAUUUAAGAAAAAAUGGAAACUUUAGUAGCAACUAUACUGGAAUUUUGCCAUAUUUUUCAUUUUAGGAUAGAAUUAGGCAGUCUUACUGUAGAACUCAAUCCUUAGGGAUAUAUUGAUAGCAUUCCUUUGGCAUGGACCCCAAAGAUAGUUUCAGAGACAGAUAUUGUAGGUUCUCAACCAUAUUUGGGAACAAAGACUGAAAAUUCAUAAUGGUCUUUUGGGUAUCUUAAAAUGUUUACAUACUGAAUUCUAUUAUAUGAGCUAAGAACACAUUUAGUAUGAGGAAAUAUGGCUCUUAGUAUAAAAGCAAAAAUAUAAGCGUAUUUCCUUGAACAGUAUAUUACACUGAUAAAGUUUUAAAUUUUCCAGUACCAUUUAAAUACAAUAUUUCAUAGGUUUCAAGCCUUUUUUCUGCUAGCAUUCAGAAAAGUAAUAGGCAACAAAGAUUUAAGAAAAAUUCAUGGCGGAAAUCUUAAAAUUGAGAAAAUUCAGUCUGUUAAGUUUAAUAUAUUAAACUUUUUCUCUAAAUUGGGUAUAUGGCAUCAUUAUUUGAUUUUGGCAGGAACAUUCGGAUUUAGUUUACGGAACACAGAUGUUCUGUGGGAACAUGGCUUGAAGUUACAAUGUAACUCAGUAUUUUUCCAUUAAAUAAAUAUCUGAACACCAACUUAACUACCAAGUGAGGUCAAGUGCCUGAAAAGUGCUGUAUACAUCUAAUAAACAUGUUUUCUGUAUGUGAAAAAUGCAUCUUUUAGCAGUGCAUACCAAGCUUUCAUCCGCUAGAAAUACCCUUGUUGCCAAACUUUGCCAUUCGUUCAGCACUAUUCUCCUCUCCCUAUAACAAGGAGAAACCUAUUUUACAAUAAAAAA